ACUACUACUCAAUUGCCACUUGGCAAAAACCAUCGAAACCAUCUUGAAUCUAUUAGCAUUAUGGAUCUAAAAAGACACAAAGACACAAUACCAAAAGCUGUAGAUGAUCAUUCCAAUGCUUCGUAUUCUGCUAAUCGUGUUGUUCGUGUUAAAUCUUGUUACUUCAAAAGGAGUUUUAAGAAAAGUAAGCGGUGACGCAGCUCCAGACAAAGCACAAGAACCUAUUGAUGAUAAUGAAGAAUAUGAUGAUUUCAUUCCAACUAUUGACUCAUCAGUUCGACUAGACAAUACAAUUCCCGUGCCGCCUGCAUUACCAAUCGGUUUACCUAUCAUUCAGAUAACAACUAAAGAACCCCAGCCACCUGCAAGUCUCACAAGUCUUCCUGCAGCUCCCCCAUCAGCACAGGUUGCUCCACCAGCAAUUAGACCUCCGGAAGCAAAACGAACAUCUUUGGAACCUCCACAACCGUCUACUCCACAAGCAUCCAUAUCCUCAACAACAACUGUUUUGAUUCGAAACCCAACAACUUCAAUUCAACAACUUCGAGGCCCAUUUGAUGAUGUUCGAGUAACAACAGUCAACAUUGGAGAAAUUGUGCCAGACACAGGAAACGAUUUGGGUGAAUUCCGAAAAGCUGAUUUGUCAGAUAACAUGGAAAAAGAGGGAAAUGAAAAUGUGAAGGACCUUGUGAAAAAGACAACUACUGUCAACGUGACAAACGACUACUAUAUUACAUCGUCCUCACCUACGACUGUGAUGUUCGAACUGCAAGAAGACACUGUUGGAGAAGAAAAUGUUUUUGAUUUUGACAAACUGUUCGACAAGAAAAUAUAUAUAAGAAAUGAUGGUUCAACAACCGAGAAUACAACAGAACAGAGCACAACGGAGAAAAGUAAAACAACAAGCACGUAUUCAACGACCACAACUGCUCCAGUGAACACAACAUCCGCUCCCACGACUACUCAUCUUGGGACACCAGGAACUCACAAGAAGACGUGCAUACACGUUAAAGAUCUAAAAAUGGUCGAUGACUCUGUUGUAGUGCAAGCUGGGACAAAGAAAGGGACAAUCGAAGUGUCAGUUGAACUUGGAGAAGGAGAUGACGAUGAAGAGAAUGAUGAUGACUCUUCAGAAGAGGAAGAAACUAAGCCACCUGCCCGACAUGUUAGAGAAGACAAGAAGCCUGUAGUUUGGAAAAAGUUCGAGAUGAACUGUGACGAGGAGGAAGAUGAUAAGGGAAAGAUAUGUAAGCUCUGGGCAGCAGGUGGUCUUUGUGGAACUCAUAAGCCUACAAUGUUCCUCUUCUGCAGGAAAACGUGUCUUUGUGUUGGCCCAUAUUGAGAUGAAGAGAGGUUUCCCAUGAUGUAACUUUGUUGAUGUUUUUUUUUUCGUGUCACAUCCUUUAUGUGCGUUGAAUCGUUUAUUUAUUUUUUCUUGAAAAGAAUAAAGCAAAA